AGUGAUCACAACCAGCGGUGUUUUGGGGGGUGCUUUCUGCGGUGUGCUCAGUGCACGGCAGUGACUGGCUGAUAAAGCACGGGCAAGGAGAGGAAGCGCGCUUGCCUGCUUCGGGGAACGCUUCUGUCAACAAUCAAAUUUCCCCACCACUGUCACCCAAGUUCGACCUUCAGGCUUCCGAAGAACGACCAACCUUCAAAUUUCCACUUCUCCAGCCAAACCCGCCCGUUGUUGUUGUUGUCUUGUGACCCAGCUGCUGUCUUUGGUUUUGCUGACAGGCUAUAUUCAUAUUGCACCUCUCUCUUUUUUUGCAGCAAAGAGUACUUCUGCUACCAAGUCAAGAUGCGUGAGAUUAUCAGCUUGAACGUCGGCCAGGCCGGUUGCCAGAUCGCCAACUCCUGCUGGGAGCUGUACUGCCUUGAGCACGGCAUCCAGCCCGAUGGAUACCUCACUGAGGAGCGCAAGGCUGCUGACCCCGACCAUGGCUUCAGCACUUUCUUCUCUGAGACUGCAGGAAAUGGCAAAUAUGUUCCCCGGACAAUCUACUGCGAUCUCGAGCCCAACGUCGUCGAUGAGGUCCGCACUGGUGCCUACCGUGGCCUCUUCCACCCCGAGCACAUGAUUACCGGAAAGGAGGACGCCUCCAACAACUAUGCCCGCGGUCACUACACUGUCGGCAAGGAGCUUAUUGAUCAGGUGCUCGACAAGGUCCGCCGCGUGGCCGAUAACUGCAGUGGUCUUCAGGGUUUCCUCGUUUUCCACUCCUUCGGUGGUGGUACCGGUUCCGGUUUCGGUGCUCUGUUGAUGGAGCGCCUCUCGGUUGACUAUGGCAAGAAGUCAAAGCUCGAGUUCUGCGUCUAUCCUGCCCCCCAGACCGCUACCUCUGUUGUUGAGCCUUACAACUCUAUUCUCACCACCCACACUACCCUUGAGCACGCCGACUGCUCCUUCAUGGUCGACAACGAGGCUAUCUACGAUAUCUGCCGUCGCAACCUUGGUCUCGAGCGCCCCAACUAUGAGAACCUGAACCGUCUCAUUGCUCAGGUCGUUUCUUCUAUUACUGCCUCGCUCCGUUUCGAUGGCUCCUUGAACGUCGAUCUCAACGAGUUCCAGACCAACUUGGUCCCCUACCCCCGCAUUCACUUCCCUUUGGUUGCUUAUGCCCCCGUCAUCUCGGCCGCCAAGGCUGCCCACGAGGCCAACAGCGUCCAGGAGAUGACCAUGUCUUGCUUCGAGCCCAACAAUCAGAUGGUUAAAUGCGACCCCCGCAAUGGCAAGUACAUGGCUACCUGCUUGUUGUACCGCGGUGACGUCGUCCCCAACGACGCCCACGCUGCCGUUGCCACCCUCAAGACCAAGCGCACCAUCCAGUUCGUCGACUGGUGCCCUACCGGUUUCAAGCUUGGUAUCUGCUACCAGCCCCCCCACCAGGUGCCCAACGGCGAUCUGGCCAAGGUUAACCGUGCUGUCUGCAUGCUUUCCAACACCACCGCCAUUGCCGAGGCCUGGUCCGCUCUCUCUCACAAGUUCGAUCUCAUGUACUCCAAGCGCGCCUUCGUCCACUGGUAUGUUGGUGAGGGUAUGGAGGAGGGUGAGUUCUCGGAGGCUCGCGAGGAUCUUGCUGCUCUUGAGCGCGAUUACGAGGAGGUUGCUGCCGAUUCGAUGGAGGGUGAGGAUGUCGAGGCCGAGUACUAA